CUCACCUAUUUCUCACACCUGUUUGACAAAAAUAUGGUAGUUUAUUGUUGAGGGGAGGUUGAUUCUUUUGAAAGAAGUUUUUGAAUUCUCAGUUCAAAUUAAAAUUUAGUUAGUUUUGUCUCUUAACUCUAAUAAGAACUCAAAUGUCAAAAGAGUAGGAAUGCUUCAUUACAUUAAGUUAUGUGACCACCAAUCAAAGGUAUGUGAGCAUCGUUCAUACCCGUGUAUUAAGGGGAACAUGAUAAAAGUUGCCAUUUAUGGGGCAAGGGCAAACCUACCAUGUCUGGAUGCUUGCAUCCCUUAGUGGUGACCGUACAUCACACACCGGCCGACCCAACUAGUUAUUCUUGUUCGGUUAACUUGUCACUUUCAGUAUGCAUGCUGUCAUGAAACAACACCCUGACUUGAUCCAAGGACCAUACCAACCCAGUCCGUUAGCUCCAAAUAGUCUCCAGAAGGAAUCAACUUCCACUCAACAUUUAUAUUAAGAAAAAGGUGAGUCACAAAACUCUUUCGUUGGGGUGUUUUGUUGUUUGUAGAGUUCUUAGAAAGAUCCAACUUUGUCAGCCGUACGAUUCUAAUAUAAAUGAUUGAGAUACUUUUGAUAUCGAUGUGUACAAACCUGUUACAUGUGGAAUUCUGUUGACCUUCAAUAACCUGUGUUGAAAUUGACCAACAGUUGCCGGAUUAGUUGCUGAAAUAUCGUGAUUUUCUCAUUUGGUUCCUAUCUUUUUCUCUUUCCAACAGAAAAAAACCACCAUAUAUAUCAUUGAAGUUGUUCCUUUUUCAAUUUCAAUAUAGUAUUAGAAGUUAAAAGCUGUGGGUGUUUGCUCGUUCAGUUUUUUAUUUUUCUUAUAGAGUAAAAUGGAGAUGAAAAGUGGACAUGGACCUUUCUAUUUUGAACUGAACACAGGAGCUAAGAUGCCAUGUAUUGGUUUAGGGACAUGGAAAGCUCCUCCUGGUGUGGUUGGUGAAGCUGUCGUUGCUGCAGUCAAGGCUGGUUAUAGGCACAUUGAUUGUGCUCAUGUUUAUGAUAAUGAAGAGGAGAUUGGGCUUGCAUUGAAGGGACUGUUUUCCUCAGGGCAGGUGAAGCGCAGUGAACUCUUCAUCACAUCUAAACUCUGGUGUUGUGACCAUGCGCCUGAAGACGUCCCCAAGGCAUUGGCCCGAACUUUGGAAGACCUCCAACUUGACUAUAUUGAUCUCUAUCUUAUACAUUGGCCAUUUCGUACAAAGCCUGGUAUGAGAGGAUGGGAUCCCGAAAUCAUGGCUCCCUUGUGUCUUCCAGAGACAUGGAAAGCAAUGGAGGACUUGCAUGUGUCUGGUAAGGCUCGGGCCAUCGGUGUCAGCAACUUCUCAACUAAGAAACUGCAGGAUCUGCUCAAGUAUGCUAAAGUUCCACCUGCUGUAAAUCAGGUGGAAUGCCACCCUGUUUGGCAGCAGCCUGGGCUACACUAUUUGUGCAAGUCCAUCGGAGUUCAUCUAUCGGCAUAUUCCCCACUAGGAUCUCCAGGGUCUUGGAUUAAAGGAGAAGUGUUGAAGGAACCAAUUUUGGUUGAAAUUGCAGAGAAACUUAACAAAUCUCCAGCACAAGUUGCUCUACGCUGGGGUAUUCAGAGCGGUCACAGUGUACUUCCAAAAAGUGUGAACGAAUCUAGGAUUAAGGAGAAUUUAAGCUUGUUUGAUUGGUCCAUACCUCCUGAGCUCUUUUCGAAAUUCUCAAGCAUCCACCAGCAACGGCUUCUCCGAGGGGAAUUUGCUAUACAUGAAACUUGUAGUCCUUACAAGAGCCUUCAAGAACUGUGGGAUGGUGAAAUAUGAGAUGAAGUCGACGAAGACAAAUCAUGAUUCAUAGCAGUUUCAUUCUGUACUUUAGCCAGAAGCCAAUAAAGUUGGCAGCAAUGUCAACGAGUCCAAUUGUAUGGCCCCCAUAGAAUUUGUUUCCAUUGAGCGCACUUUCAAGAGCUUUUAGGCAUUCGCAAGCU